AUGCAAGAAGUGGUAAAGAAACAAAUUAGCAAGCGGCUGGAUGUUGGGGUGGUAUACCCCAUUUCUGACAGUCAAUGGGUUAGCCUACUGCAAUGUGUGCCCAAAAAGAGUGGAAUGAUAGUUGUAGCAAAUGCAAAGAAUGAGUUAAUCCCGGAAAGGCUAGUUACAAUGAUAGUUCACACAGACCAUGCAACACUAUUGUACUUGAGGGUGAAGAAAGAUGCAAAGCUGAGAUUGAUAAGAUGGGUACUAUUGUUGCAAGAGCUUGUCUAUGAAGUCAAAGACAGAAAGGGCUGUGAAAAUCAAGUGGCAGAUCACUUGUACAGACUGGAGGAAAAAGAGAAAGAGGAAGUUGAUUUAGACACUGAUGACUCAUUCCCAGAUGAGCAAGUAUUAGCCGUCACUCUUAAUCUCAUUCCUUGGUUUGAUAACUUUGCAAAUUACCUUGUCAGUGACUUGAUUCCUGAAGGGUUAACUUUUCAACAAAGGAAGAAGUUACUGCAUGAUGUGGAAUUAUUUGAUGUCUGGGAGAUUGACUUCAUGGGACCAUUUGUAAGCUCGUUUGGGCAAAAAUACAUAUUUGUGGCAGUUAAUUAUGUCUCCAAAUGGGUUGAGGCUGUUGCCUUGGCGAAGAAUGAUGGUAAGAGUGUUGCAAUGUUUCUGAAGAAGAACAUUUUCUCAAGAUUUGGCACACCUAAAGCUAUUAUCAGUGAUGGAGGAUCACAUUUCUGCCACAAAGUGUUCAGCACGCUUUUGGCCAAAUAUGGGGUGAAACAACACAAAGUGGCAACGCCUUAUCAUCCGCAAAUUGGUGGCCAAGUGGAAGUUUCAAACAGGGAAAUAAAGUCAUUUAUUGCAAAGACAAUGAAUGCCAACAGAACGGAUUAG